AUGCGCCCCGCCCUCCCAGCAGCGCUGCUGCUCCCGACGCUGGCCGCCGGCGGGCUCGUAGACACGAUCGAGCGCACGGUAGCUGGCGUCGUAGACUGCGCGACGUGCCACUCCGCGCUGCCGACGUUCAAGGCCCUCGCCGCCCUCGGCGACGCGCGGUUCGUGCAGACGAUCGCAGCGGCGUGCACAGACCUGAAGAUCGAGGACGCGGACGUGUGCGAGGGCGCGAUCCGCACGCAGGGCCCCAUCCUCGCCCACGACCUCCGCCACUUCUCCCUCUUCGGCGACACCGCGACCAAGUUCUGCGAUGCCGUCUUUGGCAUGUGCGACCUCCCGCCGGUCACCCCGUGGCGCGUGCCGUUCCCGAAGGAGAAGCCGGACGUGGAAAGGGUGUGGAGGAGCAGGGGGCGCGAGCCGGUGAAGGUCAUGCACUUCAGCGACGUGCAUAUCGACAGAGAGUAUACGGGAUUUCGGCGAGCGCCCGAAGCACGUUCAAUUGCCGCACUACCGCUCGGUAUGCGGACGUGCGACGCGCCAGGUAGGCUUGCAGACUCGAUGCUCGACGCAACACAGAAGUUCGGCGCGCAUGCGCGGUUCUCCAUCUUCACGGGGGACGUGAUCGACCACGCAGUGUGGGAUGUGGACGAAGAGAAUGUACCGAAGAACAUGCUGGAGUUCACGGACCAGUUUGCGCAGAAGCUGAGCGCGCCUCUCUUCCCUGCCCUAGGUGCCGAGUCUGCGCCGACAAAUAGCUUCCCUCGAGAUACCACCGAGCACGAGAUCACCGCAGACUUUGUGUUCGAUGCACAGAUGCAAGGCUGGAGCACAAUCCAGCACCACUCAGGUAGCUACGCCGUCUUGGCGCCUGGCAUGGACCUCCGUGUCAUCUCAGUGAACACACAGUACUGGUACAAGCAGAACUUCUGGCUCUACGACAGCGACGAGCACCAGCCAGACCCGAACGGGAUCAUCGCCUUCCUCCGCGCGUGGAUCAUCGCGCACAUGCCGCCCGGGCGCGGCGACGUCGUGCGCGACCAGUCUGCGUACUUCGACCAGGUCUUCUACGGGCACACCCACGCGGACGAGUUCGCGAUCGGGUAUGCGGACUACAGCGCGCGGACGGCGGAGAACGCGGUGAGCGUGGCGAUGAUUGGGCCGGCGAUGACGCCGAUGAGUGGGAACCCGGCGUUCAAGAUGUACGAUAUCGAUCCUGACUCCUAUGAGAUCAUGGAUGUCCGGAGUUAUUACAACGUCCUUUCAUGCCCUCCUGACCCAACCCUAACCUCACUACAGCGACCUGGCAACUCCUCUACAGCGCCCGUCAGACUAUGUUCCACUCGUACCCUCCUGCCUCCCAAUGCCUCGCUCAGCCCUGCGUUCUGGCACAACCUGACGGAGGUCUUCUACAAGAAUGACACCGCGUUCCAGACGUACAUCGCCCACAAGCACCGCGGGCGGGAGUUUGUGAGGCGGCCGUGUGUAGGCGCGUGCAAGAACGGGACGCUCUGCGAGAUGCGCACGCUGCGGUCGGAUGUCUGUCCACAGCAGUCGGGGCCGAUCUUCCGUAUUCCGGAUGACCAUGGGCACUUCAGCUUUGCACCGGAAUUGGGGUCGUGCGAGGGCGAGGGCAUCGGAGGCAUUCUGCGAAAGAUGGCUGCGAGAGCGGUUGCCAAGACGUGGGUCCUCUCUUCAUCAUCCAUUUCCUCUUAG